AAUAAUCCAGAUUAUUGUGCCCGUUUUGAUUCUCAAUAAAAAAUAAUCGAGAUUCAUUAAAUUUGCAAUAUUGUAACAUUUCGUACGAUAUCUUCGCGAAAUGGCACAUCAGAAGGAAAAACCCACUACUUCCGCAGUAACCACCGACCAGGACGAGGAUGACUACGGACCGAUAUUAAUCGGGAAACUUGAGGUGAAUGGAAUCACUGCUCAGGAUAUCAAAAAGCUGGCCGAAGCUGGCUUCCACACGGUUGAAUCAGUUGCGUUUGCUCCGAAAAAGCAGCUGAUAGCAAUAAAAGGAAUUUCAGAGGCUAAAGCGGACAAAAUACUGCUGGAAGCUACGAAGCUAGUACCGAUGGGUUUUACGACCGCAACAGAUUACCACCAGAAGCGUUCGGAAAUCAUUCAACUCACGACCGGUUCCAAAGAGCUCGAUAAGCUAUUGGGUGGUGGAAUCGAAACCGGAAGUAUUACAGAGAUGUUUGGGGAAUUUAGAACUGGAAAAACCCAACUCUGCCAUACACUAGCGGUUACAUGUCAGCUUCCGGUGAGUCAGAACGGAGGCGAAGGUAAAUGUUUGUACAUUGACACAGAGGGUACAUUUAGACCGGAGCGUCUACUUGCCGUUGCUGAACGGUACAAACUAGUUGGAGCGGAUGUUCUUGAUAAUGUUGCGUACGCUCGUGCCUACAAUUCCGAUCAUCAGAUGCAGUUGCUGAUUCAAGCAUCGGCAAUGAUGGCCGAGUCUCGAUACGCUCUGGUGAUCGUAGACAGUGCCACGGCUCUCUUCCGAACGGAUUAUAGUGGCCGCGGUGAGCUCAACGCCCGGCAGGUCAGUCUAGGAAAGUUCCUACGGAUGCUUCUUCGGCUAGCGGAUGAGUUCGGUGUGGCGGUGGUCAUCACGAACCAGGUUGUGGCUCAAGUCGAUGCAUCGGCUAUGUUUACUCCGGAUCCAAAGAAACCGAUCGGGGGGCACAUCAUAGCACACGCCUCCACGACCCGGCUGUACCUGAGAAAGGGACGGGGCGACACCAGAAUAUGCAAGAUCUACGAUUCACCGUGUCUGCCGGAAAGCGAAGCGAUGUACGCCAUCAACGCUGACGGUAUUGGUGAUGUGAAGGAGUGAUGGUUAGCGAAGCAUGUUUCAUGGGAGACGUUUUUUGUUGUACAUAAUUUGACAAGUUAUUGCUUUGUUUUUCUCACUUCAUCAACAUGCCGUGUUUUUCGCAUAUCAUUGACUCCUUGUUAAUUCUUAAACCAUUAUAAUGUUUCCAUUUGGCAACAUACUGAUGUAAAAUAAAACCUUAA